UUCUUUUCUGAUCUUUUCAGUUUUUCCUAGGGUUUCAAGAAUCAUCAGAAUCGAAAUAGAAAUGGGAGGAGGUGGAGUUAUCAGAGCUGCAACAAAAGUUGCAGGCUUAGGCGUUAAUAGAGGUUUCCGUGGAGCUUUGCAAGAAAAAUCAGCGACAACAACAGUAGCCGCAACGAAAAAAUUCUCGAAACCCAACUCUGAGUCGAUCUCCACUGAAAAAACCCAAGAAAGUAACUCUGUUAUCACUUGUUUAUCAUCGGAAAAUUGUAAUAUUAAAUCUGCAUGCGCAAUCGAGUCACUAUCUUGGAGGAUUGAUGAUUGGGAAUUCACCGAUGGAGAAGAAGAGGUUUUGCUAUCGGAAUCCUCUCCCAUGCCUAGAGUUAUCUUUGGAGGUGUUCCUACUCUUGAAGAAGCUGAAGAAGCUACUUCUGAACUUAAAGAGGCAUUAGACUUGGAGAUGAAUUCGUCCAUUAUCAGUAAACAGCAUGAGUUAGAAUUGGCAGACACCAAGGCUUGUGUUACCAGUGAUACUGAGGUGGGCUUUUGUUCGGAGUCGAAACCUGUUUUUCAGGCAUUCGCAUUGCUAAAAGAAAGUCCCGAGGCUCAGAGUGUUGUUGCUUCGCUGGCCUCGGACAAAAAUUUGUGGGAUGCGGUGCUGCGAAAUGAGAAGGUGAUGCAGUUCAUCAAAUCGCGACAGACUAUUAACGAAUGCCAUGACGAUCAGACAUCCUCCAAGAACUUUAAGGGCGAUGAAGACGAUACAAAGCAUUCACAAGCCUCUGAAAAUGCGUUUAUGUCAUCCAUACAGAACCUAAAGUUUGCAGUGAUGGACAUGAUGAAUAAUGUGUCCCAUUUCUUUCAAGACUUAUUUGGAGGUCUGCUGGGGCCAGAUAACGAUGUCUCAUUAGAUGGCAAUGGAAAUGCCAGUGCUGCAAGCAACAUGGACAAAGUCAUUGGGGCCUCUUUCAUGGGUCUGGCUGUUAUGGUGAUUAUGGUAGUUGUGCUUAAGCGUGGAUAAAAUGUUUGCAGUGCCACUAGAUAUUUACAUGAAUCUGCCGACAACCCAAACGUAACAUUUCAUACAAGACAAACUUUCGAGAUGCGACGUUUUUAAGGUACAGUAGGUUAUAAUAGUAUGCUCGUCUCGUUGUACACUUCAAAAUACAUUUGCAACUAUUAGUUCUUUUGUCAUCAAUUUACCUUAGCAAAGCAUUCCCUUUGAACUAACUAAUACACUGGAGUUUUUAGUUUUUUUUCUUAUUUGAUUUAAUGCUCCCCACCUA